GUGUAUACUGUUGAGUUGGGGGAGCUGGGUGGGGGUGACCAAAUCCAAAAUCCUUCUCCUCUCCCCAAGUCCCAAAGUCUCUCCAAAGCUGGUUUUGGGUUGGCCUUGGAUUUGGGGUGAAAAGCCUAGAGAGAGAGAGACCGAGCCAAGCUUCCUCUCCUCCAAACACCACUUUAUUCUCUCUUCAAAUUCUAUACUUUGCUCUGUAACCCCAACGAGGUUUCUUUUUGUUGACAGACAGCCAAAACUCUUUCCCUCUCUAUUUUCUCCUACAUUCUCUUGUUCUAUUAGAAGAAUCUCAUAGUCUUACUUCUACUAAUUCAGGGCUCUGCCCCCACUCCCUCUCUUCAUUUCCCUUUCAAAUUCCUCUGUUUCUUUUCCUCUGUUUUCUCUCGACUUAAUCCUGAAAAUAGGAAGUAAAACGAAAACUCUUCUCAGUGUUUUUAUGUUUUAUCUAAACGUUUGGAAACCCAGAAGAUAAAAUGCCGAGAAACUGGGAUUUUGUUUGUUCCAUCAGUUGUUUCCUUCUUUCCAUUACCUGAGGAAACAGAAUGUCUUGCCUGCCGAUUCAUUCGGUUAUACUCCUGCAACUCAGUUAGUUUUCUCCCGUUGUUUUGGGAUUAAAUCGGUUUUUUUUCUCUUAUAUUUUAAUUCAUUCUAGAGGGGGGGAAAAAUACAGGUUUCUGAGGCGUUACGCUUUCAUUUCUGAGAUUUGAUUUUUCUAUGGUCUUGGUUCAUUUUUCCCCGUGAAAUUUCUUUGUACAGUUGAAGUACGAAUUAUAAUGAGCUUCUGUAAAUCUUGAUAGCCGUAUGAAGUUUGUGCGACAAUGAGAGAUGGGAGUUCGAAGAAAAGCAAGCUUUCAUGGCCCAGGACAUUGGUCAAGAAGUGGUUCAACAUCAGGAGCAAAGCUGAGGACUUCCACGCAGACGAUGUCCUUUAUGAAGGUGGUGAGGAAGAGUGGAGGAACAACUGUUCAGAGAGGGAGGCAUGCACAAUCAAGAAAAGCAAAAUAGAGAGAUCGAACAAAAGGAACUCUGAUCGUGUUCGGCGAGGUAAGAUCGAUAUAGAUGCCUCGCAAGCUACAGAUGUGCAUAAUUACAGCCUUUUUGUAGCUACGUGGAAUGUGGCUGGAAAAUGCCCUCCGAGUAAUUUGAGUCUUGAAGAUUGGCUUCAUACCUCUCCUCCUGCUGACAUUUACGUUCUUGGGUUUCAAGAAAUUGUUCCUCUGAAUGCUGGCAAUGUUUUAGGCACAGAAGAUAAUGGGCCUGCCAGAAAAUGGCUAGCCCUUAUCAGGAAAACGUUGAACAAUCUUCCAGGCACUAGUGGUGGAUGCCACACGCCUUCACCAAUCCCUGAUCCGGUUGUUGAAUUAGAUGCAGACUUUGAAGGAUCAACAAGGCAGAAGGCUUCGUCAUUUUUCCAUCGGCGAUCAUUCCAAUCCUUGAGUCGGAGCAUGAGAUUGGACCAGGACAUGUCAAUGUCACACCCCCGACUUGAUCGGCGGUAUAGCAUUUGUGACCGGGUCAUUUUUGGGAACAGGCCAAGUGACUGUGACCUGAAUUUCAGAUAUGGCUCCUCUGAUGAUGAGAAUGGACUGGGGGAUUCACCAGUGGCAACACAUUAUUCACCAGUGUCCUACAGUGGACUUUUGUCCGUGGAGGAUAGGGACAGACAGCGAGGCCACUCAAGGUAUUGUUUGGUUGCCAGUAAGCAAAUGGUUGGGAUAUUUCUAACAAUUUGGAUAAAGAGUGAUCUCAGAGAUGAUGUUCGCAACAUGAAAGUGUCUUGUGUGGGAAGAGGACUGAUGGGUUAUCUUGGAAACAAGGGUUCCAUUUCUAUUAGCAUGUCUUUGCACCAAACAAGCUUUUGCUUCGUAUGUAGCCAUUUGACCUCUGGACAGAAGGAUGGUGAUGAGUUAAGGAGAAACUCUGAUGUCAUGGAGAUACUUCGGAAGACAAGGUUUCCAAGGGUCCGUCGCAUGAGUGAUGCGGGUUCUCCUCAAACAAUUCUAGAACAUGAUCGAAUUAUCUGGCUGGGGGAUUUGAACUAUCGUAUUGCUCUAUCUUACCGUUCUGCAAAGGCUCUUGUUGAGAUGCACAAUUGGAGGGCAUUGCUAGAAAAUGACCAGCUGUGUAUAGAGCAGAGACGGGGCCACGUCUUUGAGGGAUGGAAUGAAGGAAAAAUUUACUUCCCUCCUACAUACAAGUAUUCGACUAAUUCUGAUAGAUAUGCGGGGGAUGAUAGGCACCCAAAGGAGAAGCGAAGAACUCCUGCAUGGUGUGAUCGUAUAUUAUGGUAUGGCAGAGGCCUCCAUCAAUUAUCAUAUGUUCGAGGGGAGUCAAGGUUCUCUGAUCACAGGCCAGUUUAUGGCAUAUUCUUGGCGGAGGUUGAGUCUUUAAACCGUGGCCGUAUCAAGAAAAGCAUGAGUUGCUCCAAUGCCAGGAUUGAGGUAGAAGAGCUGUUGCCAUACAUGGAUGGAUACACUGAACUCAAUUUCUUUUGAGGGAUGUAGAUCUUAAUGAUUUGCAUUCCAUUAUGGUCAACUUGAAAUAAUGGAAGAAGGAUUGGUAGCUCUUCAAGGAUUACAACAAAUACGAAAUACUGGGAGCUAAACUCAAGUUUCUUCAAUAUUUAAACACCAGUUUGUCUCCCAAUUCAAUCAGUUUACAAUCUUGCUUUCAGGAGAGAUGAGAUCCAUGAAUGCUUUUCAUGGGCUAAACGGCACUCUCACUUUUUGCCAAAUAAAAGUCGUGAGCUGGGUGAACGCAACUCCUGCCUUUUUGGGAUAUGCACGUAUGACUCCCAUCUUGCAGGUCCAUCUAUUUGCCGCUAAGAACUCGGCCCCAAUGCUGAUAGAUAUUAGAGACAGCUCUGUUUUCCACAAUCCAAAAGAAGAACAUUGUGAAUCACAAUUCCUUUCAUUUCCUGAUGAACAAGGUCUUGAACUCCUGGAAUGCAACCAUUAUAUUGUUGGACCCUAUUUAUGAGGAAGAAGUGGCCUAAUCUAGAUUAAAGGAGUACCAACUGUGUCUGAUAUCUAAUUACCUUGCAAUUCUAAUUGUUUAAAGGGGAAAGAAAUAACAUGGGUUUAUUCCAAAGGAAAGAAUUAUGGAUGUGGUGGAUACUGGCUACAAGCCAAAAAAGAGCUGAGUGAUACGAUAAAGAAGCUUCUUUUUAUCUGUUGCUGCAGGUGAUUUUACUCAAAAUAAUACAAAAGUGAAUUUGUUUGGCUGUA